AUGUUCCUGAUCCAGGGCACGGAUGCACUCCUUAAGCUACGGUGGAAAAGAGACGACAGGAUCGAGGAAAUGGAUUACGGCACCUGCUCUGAACCACUACGCUAUGCUGGCAGGGUGAAAGAACUGAAGAAGGGGAUGAGAUGUUGCCUGCCGGUUGCGAACAGGCGCCAGACCACAGGGAGCCUGUCUCCAAAGCGGUUCCAGAGCGCCCUGACGGUGCAAGCCGGGGAAAGGUCCUCGCCGAAGAAGGUGAAGCUGGGCCUGCAGUCUCCCUCCAGGAAGGCAGCCAGAACGAAGGCGUCCCCUCUGCUGUUCCAUCCGGCAAACUCCCCUUACUCUUCUACCCCCAAAGGGGCGGCCCGCAAAGGCCAUCGUGUCACUGCUUGGCUCGGCCACCCCAGCCCACUCAAAGGGGCUUCCAAGAAGACGAUGGAGGACUUAGCGCCAUUGUCGGAGAACAGCCACCUUGGUCAGGACCAGGUAUGCUGUGCGGCUCCCGCCCCCAAGACCACGAAGGAAGGCGGCCAAGGAGACAGGGAGCGGGUCAGGAGUCGGAAAGUCCAACUGGUACGCAAGCAGCUGAUUUCCAGGGCCGACUUUCCCCUGGGGGAGGCCCGCUCUCCUUCGGCCCGUGUCCUGAACAGCGGGAGAGGGUUCGCCGAGCAGUGCGCCGAGGCGUGGAUGAGGCUCCCGUCGCAGCAGAAAGACCGCGAGCGGCACCUCCGCUUCUACCACCAGCAGUUCCAACAGCCCCCCAUUCUGCAGGAGAAGCUGAACUACCAGCCGCUGGAGAGGUUCCUGGCCCAGUACAAGCCGCAGGAGGUCCGGGUGCAGCCCGAGGCCCCCGGGCGUCCCCCCUCUCCCCUCCAGGGUUCGGACGAGACGAUGCAGCUCGAGGACUUGGACGACAGCGAUUUUAGCGAAGAUUCCUUCUCCCCCGGGCCGAGCCAGAGGAAGCCCGAAGCUGACGGGGGCAGGGAAGGCAGCCAGCUUUCGUUUUUCCUCCACCGCAGGGAACGUGAGGCUGAUGGGCAAGAAGUCCAGCUGGGGCAGGAGCUGUUUUUCGAACUCCCUGAUCUUGAGAGUAAAGAGGGGGCCUCCCCAAGGACGGAGGAGGCCGUCGGCAGCGAGCAAAGCGCUCGGAGCCAAUCCGACUGGAGCACGGGAGAAGCCUCGAUGUUCGAUUUCCCUCCACAGAACGACACAGCCGAGAAACCUUAUUGCUUGCAAGGAGACGGUGUCGAGGGCAGCAGGAGCAGCGCCGAAGAUCCUCUUGCGGGGCGAAGCCUGCUCCGCUGCGUCCACUGUGAUCUAGGGUGUCCCGAAGACAGCUUCUCUGGUUCAGAGAAAGCAACCCAGAUCUUGCCUUUCGCCCAUGCGUCGGGAUCCGCAAGUUGUCUUGCCCCCGGCCGGAGGGAAGGCUCAGUCAAAGGCUGUCCAGUAAAUUCAGAAAAGCAGCUCCCAAAAGCGAGCAACCUCUCUGGAUCUCUGGCGUUUUCACUGGACUUUGUGGCGGGAACGAGGGCUCCGUUGACGGGGCAGCUCCUUGACGCUGAGCGAGCAGAUGUGGUCGAGAAAGACGCUCUAGACCAGCAGCCGGGAAAGACUCGGCUGGAGGAGGAGAGAGAGGGGAAAGGCCCCUCAAGCCCCAGAACACGAGUGGACGAGAACGCCAGGCUGUCCCUUGGGAAGAAAGCUGCUCCUCUGCCCCCCCUGCACGAAACUGACCCCUGGGGAAGACGAGCUGUCCAGCCUCUUCCUCCGCAGGGCAAGCCCCAAUGGCUUCCACAGCCUCAUCGCAGUCCAAAGCCUCCUGCGUCCUUGGGAGACGUAUCGUCCGUGGGUGAGCUUCGUGAUUGUUCGUGCAGCUUCUCCGUGGGCAGCACCGGCCUGGCAGAGAUUCUCUCCCCGUGGAAAGGGAAGGACGGCCCUUUGCCCCUUGGCAGUCUGCAAGCUGGGGAGGUGUCCGCUGACGCAAUCGCCUUGUCGAGCAGUCCGGAGCCAUUCCACUCAGGGGAGAAAGGUUGCUCCGAGUCUCUGGUGCCACCGAAGCACCCUGGUCUCCCAGAGAAGGCGUUCGUCUCGAGAGCAGCCGAGAACCAGGGACCCUCCGGCCAAAGUCUCCCGCUACAGCUCAGCUUGGAAGUCCAGAAGCCGGAGCUUGGUUGUUCUCAAGAGCAGGUCAAGCUGGUGUUUCCCAGCGAGGAAACGAGGCCCCCAAAGAAGCAAAGUGCUCCACAAGCGUCCGUUCGGAAAUCUUCCGAUGCUGCCAAACAGGGUUCCGGGUCGAACGUCGGGUCUCCCUGGAGCUCCCCGGAUGACGAUUGCAAAAGCUCACUUGGGAGUAAGGAAGCGUUGGGCAGGCAAGCUGCGAUCCAGAUCCGUCAGGAACAGCUGGACGAGAUGGCAGCCCUGUCUCGGCAGGAAGAGGGCUUGGUCAGGCAAAUGUCAGACCUGGAUCUUGAAAACUUCGUAAUGAAACUAGAUGGACUCUUUCUUCUGAAACUGAAGUGCAUCCAACGAACGAGAACUCAGCUGCAGCCUCUUUUAGCUGCAGAGCAGAGAAUGUCCCCAAAUUAGCCAGGAGGAGCUCUGUACUGACCCAGCCCCAUUUCGCUGCCUUCAGUGGCCAGCAGAGGAACGUGUGUGUGUGUUUAGUUUGUACGCGGUGGUGCGGAGACUGAAGCCAGAUUGCUCCUAAGGGAAGUCCUGCAGCCCAAGAACUCAUUUCUAAAA